CCAUGGGCGGGACCAGCCACCAGCACUAUAAGUAGGGCUGGUGACGAUCCACCCUGGCAAACCAACUGCUGAACCCCGGCAAAGCACCUGCUGAACCCCGGCGCGUGGAGCAGGCAGCGUGGGCCGGGUGGAGCAGGCGCCCAGGAGGAGCUGUGGUGAAGGUGUCCUGUGCUGGGGAGCCCAACGGCACGUGCUCAAUGCCAACACAGUGUCCGUAGGCUCUGGCACACCCGGGACAUGGAUCACAGCGCUGGGACAGGUCCAUAAAGGCUCCCCAGCAGGUGCCAGGCGAUGGCAGGAGCUCAGGUGGGGCUCCUGGGACCCUUCCCGGAGCCCCCAGCUGGGCCAUGCCCCGUCUCUGAUUCCGACUCCGACUUCGAGGACGCGGCUGUGGGUGGCACAGGACCCGGUGCUGGGGCACAGAACCCCUCCCAGGUCAUCCACAGCGGCCACUUCAUGGUGUCGUCCCCACACAGCGACACGCUGCCCCGGCGGCGGCACCACCGCGCCAAGCCCGAGCCGGCUGAUCCCCGGAGCAUCGACCCGACCCUCACCCGGCUCUUCGAGUGCAUGAGCCUGGAGUACAGUGGGAAGCUGGUGUCACCCAAGUGGAAGAAUUUCAAGGGGCUGAGGCUGCUUUGCCGGGAUAAAAUUCGUCUCAACAACGCGAUCUGGAGAGCGUGGUACAUCCAGUAUGUGGAGCGGAGGAAGAACCCUGUGUGUGGCUUCAUCACCCCUCUGGAGGGGUUGGAGGCUGAUGAGCACCGAAAACCAGAGGCUGUUGUGCUGGAGGGGAACUACUGGAAGCGCCGCAUCGAGGUGGUGAUGAGGGAGUACCACAAGUGGAGGAUCUACUACAAGAAGCGGCUCCGAAAGUCCACCCGGGAGGGAGAGAUCUCCAGUCCAAAGCAGGAUGAAGAUGUCUGGAGGCCAACAGAGAAAUGGUGCAACCAGCUCUUCUGCAAUGUGGUGCCAAUGCUGCUUGGGGACGAGGAAGAGGAGCCUGGGAGCAGGCAGCACUUUGACUUGGACACCUUCCUCUCAGACAUAUCUGACACCCUCUUCACCAUGACACAGAUGCCCAGCGCUCACCAGGCACUCCCCGAGGAUGCGUACGUUGGGAAUGCUGACAUGAUACAGCCAGAUUUGGCACCCCUGCAGCCCAGCCUGGAUGACAUGGACAUCUCAGAUCUCUUCUUCAGCCACCGAACAGCCCCAUCGCAGACACAACUGGGCUACCAGGAGCCAUCCUGCUUCUUGCCCAUGGCUGAGCCCCUGUUUGAUGCCGGGGAGUCCCUGAUGGGUGCUAGGGGGCUGCCUGCAAGCCCUGAGGCCCCACUCUCACCCGGCACCCUCCUCCAGCCCAGCAGUGCCUCCCAGCUCAGCCUGCACACCACCUUCCUGGGCCCUGAGCUGCCCCCGGGCCCCGGGCCCCCUGAGCCCCCCUCUGCAGUGCCCAGCAGCUUCAGCCCCCAGCUCCGACACAAGCUCCCGCUGCAGUACGACCUCCCCACCAAGUGCCUCAGCCUGGAGCCGCCAGGACCCCACUACAUCCCCCCCAUCCUGUCCCCUGGGGCACCACUACCAAGCCCAGACCCCCUGUUGUCCCCCGCCUCGGCCCCCCGCUCCAAGUUCCCCUACGCCAGCUCCCCUGGUCCCUCUCUCCUCACCCACCCUGCCUCCCCCCUCUCAGCCCCUUGCUUUGCCCCCCACACCCCGGGGCUGGGCUACACCACGGGCAUGGUGCCUCCGGGGUACCCCAGCCCUGCUGCCCCCCAGCUCCUGCCCCCUGCCCUGCUGGGCGACCCCAGGUUUGCCCCCCCCAAGGGGCUGCCCCAGGGCGGGGGGGGGCGGCCCAAGGCAAAGCCCGGUGGCACCAAGGCGAGGAGGCUGCCAGGACCCCCCGUGCCCCACCUGCCUGUGCCCAACCCCUGCCUGAGCCAGUUGCUGACCGCAGCCAAGCAGGACCCAGCCCUGGAUGCCCCUCGCCCGAUGGGUGCAGGACUCGUGCCCAUGGCCCCUGUCUCCCCGCAGCAGAGCACUGUUCCCGAAGUCCCUGCCACCUUCCUCUCCAGAAUGGCCCAGCUGAGCCCAGGACUGGCUCCUGGCUCCAGCCCUUCCCCAGUGGUGCCGGUGCCGCUGGCAGGCACGCAACCGGGCUCCCUGAGAGUCCCCAAGGCAGAGCAGCUGUCUCCCACCUCAGCUUGUGGCAGCGACUGGCGCAAGCCCAGCCAGGCUUCUCCAGGACCCACAGCAGGGCUGGGCACUGGCACCUCCGUGCACCACCCCGUGUCCCGUCGGGGCAGGCCCGAGUCAAACAAGAUGGAGAGCCGCCGCAUCACACACAUCUCCGCUGAGCAGAAGAGGCGCUUCAACAUCAAGCUGGGCUUCACCACGCUGCACAGCCUGGUGAGCACGCUGAGCACCCAGCCCAGCAUCAAGGUCAGCAAAGCCACCACCCUGCAGAAGACAGCUGAGUACAUCUGCAAGCUGCAGCAGGAGCGGGCGGCUCUGCAGGAUGAGGCGCAGCGGCUGCGGGAGCAGAUUGAGGAGCUCAACAGCUCCAUCAACCUGUGCCAGGAGCAGCUGCCGGCCACGGGGGUGCCCAUCACGCGCAAGCGCUUCGACCACAUGCGCGGCAUGUUCGACGAGUACGUCCGCUCUUCCACACUGCAGAACUGGAAGUUCUGGAUCUUCAGUAUCAUCAUGCGGCCCCUCUUUGAGUCCUUCAAUGGGAUGGUGUCCACAGCAAGCAUGGAGAGUCUCACCCAGACAUCCCUGGCCUGGCUGGACCAGCACUGCUCCCUCCCAGCACUUCGGCCAACCGUCCUGAGCUCCCUGCGGCAGCUGAGCGUCUCCACCUCCAUCCUCAGCGACCCUGCCCGUGUCCCCGAGCAGGCAGCGCGGGCAGUGGCGGCGCUGGGACGCGGCGCCUCUUCCUCCUCCUCCUGACUGCCCCAGGAGGGCGGCUCUGGGGCUCCGGGAGUCCCAGCCGGGGCUGCGAAGGGGCUGUCCCCAUCUUCCCCCCCCGAUAAAGGAGUCGCUGUGCCACGGGCCCCGCCUGGUUCUUCAGCCCCGGGGCUGUUCUAGGGCACGGCUGGGAGGGGCGG